CGCGGAGCGGCGGUGCCACCACGCACAGUUGUGUCCGCUUCCCUCGCACCCCGAACCUCGUCCCUGCGUGGGGCUGCGAGUCCUCCGGCGCUCAACAGGCCCAAGUCUCCGGAUAUUAACUGCUCGGAUCAGUUAGGAAACACACUGUUGCAUUGUGCAGCUUACCGGGCUCAUAAGCAAUGUGCCUUAAAACUUCUAAAAAGUGGAGCAGACCCUAAUCUGAAGAAUAAAAAUGUACCAGAAACAUGCAAUUCUCUUCAUAUGACAGUCAUUCAGGGUUAUGAUAACAAGCUAACUGUCUCCCAGUGAUGCAUACGUCCCAGUGCUUCCUGUCUCAAGGCCCACUUGCUUGCUUUUCUUGCAAACUUCAUCCUGCUCAGUCAUCUCAGCCAGAACUUUCCUGCUUCACAGCUGAAGGGAACGAAGAGCAUGGAGACAUGCAGGAAGGGUCUUGGAGGAAGUGUGAACCAGUGAAGCCGAACUUCAAGAAAGGGAGGAGUGGAGUUGGCAGUGCAUGUCUGGCUUUUUUAUACAUCAGAUCUCCAGAGAGUAUUACAUAUAAGAACAAGUUCUAAGAAAUCAAUCAAGUUUUCUGUCAAGUCCAAGGAAUAUCCAUACUUUAACCACAAGCAGGAUAAAAUGAAGCACAUUAUCAAUCUAUAUGAAAACAUCAACAAUACAGCAAGAAAUUACUCCGACUGUCCUCGUGUGGUUUUACCAGAAGAGAUAUUCUUCACAAUCUCUACUGUCGGGGUUUUGGAAAAUCUGAUUGUUCUUCUGGCUGUGAUCAAGAAUAAAACUCUCCAGUUACCCAUGUACUUUUUCAUCUGCAGCUUGGCCAUUUCUGACAUGUUGGGAAGUUUAUAUAAGAUCUUGGAAAAUAUCCUGAUCUUGUUCAGAAAUGUGGGUUUUAUCAAACCUCAAGGCAAUUUUGAGACCACAGCAGAUGACGUUGUUGACUCACUGUUCAUCCUCUCCCUCCUUGGCUCCGUGUUCAGCCUGUCUAUGAUCGCUGCUGACCGCUACAUUACAGUCUUCCACGCUCUGCAGUACAGCAGCAUUGUGACCACACGCCGUGCCAUCAUUGUGCUGAUGGUCAUCUGGACAUGCUGCAUGGGAAGUGGCAUCGCCAUGGUGACCUUUUCCCACCAUGUGCCCACAGUGAUCACCUUCACAUCACUGAUCCCUCUGAUGUUGGUCUUUAUCCUGUGUCUCUAUGUGCACAUGUUCUUGCUGGCCCGUUCCCAUGCCAGGAAGAUCUCAGCCCUUCCCAGAGCCAACAUGAAAGGGGCCAUCACACUUACCAUUCUGCUUGGGGUCUUCAUCUUCUGUUGGGCUCCCUUUGUCCUUCAUGUCCUCUUAAUGACAUUCUGCCCAGAUAACCCUUACUGUGCCUGCUACAUGUCCCUCUUCCAGGUGAAUGGCAUGUUGAUCAUGUGCAAUGCAGUCAUCGACCCCUUUAUAUAUGCCUUCCGGAACCCAGAGCUCAGGGAUGCAUUCAAAAAGAUAAUCUUCUGCAAUAAGUACCAGUAAAAUUAUUGAUCUUUGUUUUUAGGAACCACAGGGAUAAUUUUGUUAUGUGACAGAAUAAUGUGAUAUACCAAGAAAUACUCCCCAACUGUCCUUUCCUUCCCUAAUGCACAUGAGAUUAUCCCACUAAAUAGUAUUUGUGAUAGCUUGGUUCUUUGUGAACAGUCUUGCUGUAGGUACAACUUUUAUAACUAGAGAGAAAAAAUAGUGUACUAAAAAGAAGGAUAGAAUACAAGGCAUAUAGAGCAAUACAAAUUUGAGAGCUUCAGGCUAAUGCAAAAGAUGUUCUUCUAUAGCCAAUGACUUGGGUGGCCUCUCCAGGUUGUAGGCCAAUAUAGCUGACUUCUAGAAGAUAAAGUACCAGAACAAAUACUCAGGGCAGAAACUACAGGGUCUUUAUAAGGAAAAGGUGCCAAUUAAUUGCUGCAGCUGAAUGUGCCUGUCUGCACUGCCAUCAGAACACCUGCCAACCUCUCUCAUGCCUGUAUGCUUUAUUGCAUGCCACCUCAAAUCUUUUUGGAAGCAGGUAGGAUAUACAUCAUAAAUGUCAAAUUGCCAGCUUUGAGCUUUCAGCAAUAAAGGAACCUUCUAUGUUAGUUCCCUUUAUUCAACUCAGGGUCCCACUGGCAUUAAAAUCCUUUCCUGGUUAAAACUCAUGUUUUAGAAGGAAAAUUUUAAAGGAGUAAAUAAAAAUGUAAUCCAUUUGCUUCCUGUGUGGAAAUAAAUAAAAUUGACUGUUUGAAGAAAGUAUAACCAAUCUUUGCAUUCCAAAUGUAAAAGGAAAGGAAAAGAAGCCCCAAGCUCCAAUAUGUAUUUUGUGAAAUAAGGAGAGUGUGUAUGAAUAUUUCCACCAUGCUUUUGGACUAUGGGAAAAACCAAAACCAAGACACCACUUCAGGAACAGUGCUACUAUUGAGACCCAAGCCAGACGCUGAUGGAAAACAUUUUACCUCCUUCCACAGACAAGCCUGAGGGGCAGGUCCAGUCACUGGAAAAUUUCACACUACCAUCAGCCACAGGAAAGAUGCCAGACAUUGAAAAGCAGCCAUCCCUGAUAGGAAUAAAAUUAACGUAAUUUUUAAGUUCAUCCAUUGUUAACAGCAAAAGAUAAAGCUUAAAGAAGGAGUACAUUCUGAUUGUACACCUUUGCUAAGUUGAAGAGUAACUUAAAGGGAUGAGUGAGGGAAGAAGUAAGGUCUUUAGGUGCGUGGAGUGUAGUUGUUCGGGAUCCAACAAGUGACAGCAUCUCCCGGAAGAGGCAACAAUUGGCCUGAAGGAGUUUUCCCUGAGCUGGUGAAAGAAGCCAGCCACAAAUAGGACUGCUGGAAUGGUGAUGAGUUUGACACUGCACAUGGAAAUAGAACAGAACAUAAGAAGCUGAGCAGAGAGCAUGUCAAAAGGGAGACAGUUGGAAGGAUUCUGGGAAAAAGAUGGUGGUAUAAGAAGGCAAGGCAAAAACCUCCUUCCCAAAUCACAUAGAACACAAAA